AUGCGCGAGUAUAUGAGACGUGUAUUCUGUGACGUCGUGAACUUAUUGACGGACUUAUUACCAACGCAACUACUACCAGCUUCAGUAAAUUUCGCGAGAUUAGUCGAUGCAAACCGUGCAAAGCGAGUGGUUCGGAUAAACAACGCAAGUAGAAGGAAAAAUUACAACUGUGAAAAACCUGCUAGACCUACUGUACUACCCAGCGAAGGAUUUAACCCGUCUGCUGAUGCUGCAGCUCUACGGAAAGCAAUGAAAGGGUUUGGAACGGAUGAGCAGACAAUCAUCAAUAUCCUUUGCAACCGUUCUAACUGGCAGCGGCAAGCAAUCUCCGAAGCAUUUACCCGCGAGCUGGGUCGGGAUCUCAUAAAAGACCUGAAAUCGGAGCUCAGUGGAAAACUCGAAGAUGUUAUUGUUGGUCUAAUGCAACCACCGGUGAAUUACCUUUGCAAACAACUCUUCAAGGCAAUGGACGGUUUCGGAACCAACGAAAAGGCAUUAAUCGAGAUACUUUGUUCACAAAACAACGAACAAAUGCAUCACAUUGCACGAGUUUAUGAAGAACUAUACAACCGACCGUUGGCUGAGCAUGUCUGCACAGAAACUUCCGGUGACUUUCGACGACUCCUUACGUUGAUAAUCACCGGUACACGUGAUCCGCCAGGGACCGUGGAUCCAGAUUUUGCUGUGAUUCAAGCCAAGCAACUGUAUGAUGCUGGUGAGGGGAAGUGGGGAACCGACGAAUCUGUAUUCACAAAGAUUUUGGCGCAUUCAAGUUUCGAUCAAUUGGAGUAUGUGUUCGAGGAGUACAAGAAAUUGACGGGACGGACAAUUGAACAAGCAUUGAAAGCUGAAGUAAGUGGCGACUUUUACGAAGCGCUCAGUGCCAUCGUUGAAUGUGUUCAAAUGGCUCCUCAUUUCUUCGCGAAGCGCCUGUUCGAAGCAAUGGAUGGAAUGGGUACCGAUGAUACUACACUCAUUCGCAUUAUAGUCUCUCGAUCAGAAACUGAUUUACAAAACAUCAAGGACGAAUACGAACAAAUGUACAACAAAACGCUUAUGAGUGCAGUCAAGAGCGAAACCUCUGGGGACUAUAAGAAGGCUUUGUGUGCCCUUAUUGGAAAUGCCUAAGAACGCUGACAACGUACAGUGGAAUCUCUGACCUCAAUAAUUUUAACUACGAGAUAACGAAUGUUUACUAUAUUUAUAGAUGCUAGUUUUUAUGAACAUAUUGUUCUACAUGUUAUUACUUAUUACGCACAACCGACAGUGCCAAGAACACAGUUUCUCAACUAUUUUUAUAAACGUUUCCAUUUUAAAACAUUUUUAAAAAAUAUUCAUUAAAACAUAAAAACGCUUUAUACAAUCAUCGCAGCGCUUGUGUAAGCAUCUAACGAAUAAAUAAACUCGUACUUGAUAUAAUA